CUCCAUUAAAAAUCUAAACAAACGUAUCCGAAUCCGAAAAAAAAUGAUAAAAAACGAAUCCGAUGGAUUGAUACUUUGAUAGAACAAGAAGAGCGAGAAUAUUAAUUGUAUUGUGAUUAGUAAUUCUUUUUCCUAAUUAUUGGAAAUUGUCUUUAAAAAUGGUCCAUCGCUGUUGUGUGAGUGGAUGUUCAAGCCGUGAUGAUGAAGUCCGCAUGCAUAAAUUUCCCACUAAUAACGCUACGAAUAAAGAAAGGCUAAAAAUCUGGUUCAACCAUUGUCGACGUGAAGAAGGCUGGAUUCCAUCGAAUAGAAGUUCAAUAAUAUGCGUAAAACAUUUCGAUGAAUCGCAGUACGAAAUAUACCGCAUAGAUCGUCCACCUGAUAAUAGAAAACUUCGACAAACAGCUAUUCCAACAUUAUUUCCUGGUGUGCCAGAACCUCCCAGAAUUCGUGGAAAAAGCGCCAAGCAUAAUCUUGAAGGAUCAAAUAAUGAAAUUUCUGGUCGGCCAAAAUCUUCUAGAAUUCGUAGAAUAAAACCCAAGCCAGUGGAAAAAUCUGAAUGUACAGAAAAUCAACUUGAAGAAUCGAAUGAUGAAAUUUCUGGUCGGCCAAAAUCUUCUAGAAUUCGUAAAAUAAAACCCAAGCCAGUGGAAAAAUCUGAAUGUACAGAAAAUCAACUUGAAGAAUCGGAUGAUGAAAUUCCUGGUCGGCCAAAAUCGUCUAGAAUUCGUAGAAAAAUAGUCAAGCCAGUGAAAAAAUGUGAAUGUACAGAAGAUCAACUUGAAAAAUCGAAUAAUGAAUUACCUGGUCGGCCAAAAUCUUCUAGGAUUUCUAGAAAACAACUCCAUCCAGUGAAAAAAUCCAAACGUACAGAAAAUCAACUUGAAGAAUCGAUUUGUGAAUUUCUGAGUUUGCAACAACAUUCCAAAACUUCUAGAAAAGCAGUCCAGCCAGUGAAAAAAUCAAAACGUUCGGAAAAUAAACUUGAAGAAUCCAAUUAUGAAACCGAAAAAGUUACUUGGCAAAGUUUUAAGAAUAUCAAUAUAGAAGGGAAAGAAGAUGAAGUGAAUAAUACAGAGGCCAGCAACAAAAAACAUCAAAAAGAAAAACGUGGUCGAAAAGCUACAAAGAUGACACCUGAAAAAGCAAUAGAAGAUGAGAAUUGGAUGAUGGUUGAAGAAUACGAGGUCUCGAAUGAUAAUCAGAUGUUCCACCUCACCCCGGAAGAAAUGUCUCCACAUGCAGAAAUUUGGCAACCAGAGAGUAAAGAAUUAUUGAAAGAAUUCGUCGACGAAGAGGAUUUACACCUUUACACCGAUGAUGCCUUCAACAACGACCUUUCCAAGGAAGAUACAACUUCUCCCAAAUAUGCUGAAAAAUUACACGAUAUUAUCAAAAAACAUAAACGCCUUAUAAAGAAAUUAUGCGACACUCUUCUAAAGUUGAAGAAAUCCAUUUCAACUUGCGAUACGGAUACACAAACUGACCCUGAUACAAAUGAUAAUGAUUCUGGUCAAACGAAAACGACAGAUACGACAUGGAAAGCUGACAGUGUUUCUAUCGAAGAAAUGGUCAAAGAAGCUGCCGAAGAUGCCAUGAAAAAAACAGGAUUUGUUUACGAAUCGACUUCUGGAUUAUACUACGAUUAUAACACAGGCUAUUAUUACAAUGCUGAAAUGGGAUUAUAUUACGAUGGUAAUAGUGGAACAUAUUAUCGUUAUGACGAAAGCACUAAAUCGUUCGAGUUCCAUUCCCAAGUUGAAUUUCCUCCGAGUACUUCUGUUGACGAUGCUCAAACAGAAGGCAAGCGUAAAAAGAAGUCUAAGAAAAAUUUGGGUAACAGUGAAAACGUAGAAGAUGAACUCACUAGUCGUAAAAAAGUAAAGAGAGAUGACGAGAGCGACGUCGAAGAAGGCGAAUGUUCCGAAGAUAGUAAUGCACCAUCCGAUAUCAGUUCUGAUAAAGAUAUCGAAUGCAUCGAAAAUCAAGAAGAUAAAUCCAACUCGUGCGUUAACGCUGUUAAAUAUAAUCCCGAUGAAGUAAGCAAAGCGUGGCCACCAUGUAUGCGAAUCAUCGUUAAAGAAACUAAUGUAAAGAACUUGAAAACCGGUACAUUAUUUAUGAUCACUUACGAUGGAGGUACUCUAGGCAGAGAAGGAGAUCAUCCAGUUCUAAUCCCAGAUGUGAAUAUUAGCAAGUACCAUGCUAAGUUCAGUUUCGAUACCAAAGACGCUAAAAGUGAAAUCGGUAACUACACGUUGACUGAUUUGGGAAGCAGGAAUGGUACUUUUAUCGAUGGUAAAAGAUUAUCUACUGCUAUGCAAGAAAGUGAACCGCAUCCUGUAUUGCAUGAUACUUGCAUUCGUGUCGGUGGCACCACACUCCUUUGUCAUGUGCAUCCUGGUCGAGAAACUUGUCCUGAUUGUGAACCUGGGUUAUUACUCAGCAACGAUGAGGAAAAACGAGCUGCUUACGUACUCGAAGAGAAUAUGUCUGAAAAACGUAAAAAUGAACUGAGGAAAUUAAAGAAGAAAUUCGGAUUCAAAUUAACCGGAGAGAAUAACGUUUCAGUUACCAAUCCUGAGUAUAAAGAUAGAGCCGAAAUUAGACGACAAACUGUCGGAUCUCAUAGUGAUAGUUUCAAGACUGAAGUGGCUUCUGUUACUCAACCUAUAAAAAAGACUAAUAAAGGUUUCAAAAUGUUGGCCAAAAUGGGAUGGUCUGAAGGAGAGUCUCUGGGAGCCAAAUCAGAAGAAGGAAUUACAGAACCUAUUUUGGUCCAGCAGAGAGUUGAAAAGGUCGGUCUGGGAUACGAUCAGCCCGUAGAACCUGAACUGAGUAAAGCCGAUAAGAAGAAGCAAGAAAUGUGGAAGAAGACUCAAAUACGAUAUCAUAAUUUACCAUCGAAUCAAACCAGUUGAUUGAAAUCGAGAUAUUGGUCCGCCAAUGUGUCUGGGUUACUCUGACCUUCAAAUACGAGUAUAUACCCGAGAAAAUUAUCGAGUGCCGAAGAAAUUUUUUAUACGGUCAAAUUUUUUAUCGCUUCGGCUUGGUCGCGUGGAUUUGUUGAGAGAUGGUAUUAUUGUUUUUAUAUUCGCAAUAAAUUUUGUUUUUAAUAUUUUACGACGAAUAAAUUUUAUAUUUUGUUA